UCAAGGUGCUUAGUUUACUAAUGUUGUUGUUGGACGGACCUAAAGUCCAAAGUGAACCAAGAGAUUGCCCUGUUCGGUUGUCCUGGGGUGGAUUCAUCAACAAGCCAGACAUCAUACUAAAAGGACACAGUAAAAAGAUUCUCUCUUCAGCAACAUUCGUUCAAUGCUCUCUCCGUUGUAUUCAGACAACAUGGUGUAUAUCUGUUAAUUUUGAGGUUGGAAGGACAAUUGGAAUUUGCCAGCUUAACGACUAUGGCGUAAAAAGCGUGUCUGCGAUCUCAGUGCAGCAAGGAGGAGAGUUUGAGAUCAGGAAAGGAUAUAUGUAUACCCAACUAAGGCCGUCACAGUUUGGCUGCCAUAACAAGCCCUGCAGUAACGGUGGUACAUGUUAUAUCGAUUGUGAUGCAUUGUAUGAAACACGAUGUCUUUGUCCAAAAGGAUUUUUUGGACCACAGUGCAGAGAAAUAAAUGAAUGCGUAAGCAAUCCAUGCACAAAUGGUGGAACAUGCCAUGACAAAGAAAAAGGGUACUCCUGUUCCUGUAACGACGGCUUUAAGGGAAUAAACUGUGAAAUUGAAAUUAAUGAGUGCGAAAGUAGCCCGUGCAAGAAUGGAGGAAAAUGCCUGGAUGAACACAAUGGCUACACGUGUGUUUGUGCAGCAGGCUACACUGGGAUACAUUGYGACAAGGACAUCGACGAGUGUGUAAGCAAACCCUGUCAGAAUGGAGCGAUAUGCAACAACAAAGAAAAUGGUUAUUCUUGUGAAUGUGCAGCUGGAUUCACAGGAAUAAACUGCGAAACAAACAUCGACGAGUGUGCAAGCAGUCCCUGCCAAAACAGUGGAAAAUGUACUGAUAAGACUAAUGGCUACUACUGCGACUGCGCUGCAGGAUUUAAUGGUACAAACUGUGAAAAUAACAUCGACGAGUGUGCAAGCAGUCCCUGCCAAAACARUGGAAAAUGUACUGAUAGGACUAAUGGCUACUACUGCGACUGCGCUGCAGGAUUUAAUGGUACAAACUGUGAAAAUAACAUAGAUGAAUGUGCAAGCAAUCCCUGUUUGAAUGGCGCCACCUGUAGGGAUGGCAUCGCUGGAUUCACCUGCAAUUGUCCCCGAGGAUACACGGGGGUAACAUGCAAAGAAGACAUAGACGAGUGUUUAAGCAAACCUUGUCAGAAUGGAGCAAAAUGCUACAACAGAGAAAAUGGUUAUUCUUGUGAAUGUGCAGCUGGAUUCACAGGAAUAAACUGCGAAACAAACAUCGACGAGUGUGCAAGCAAUCCCUGCCAAAACAGUGGAAAAUGUACUGAUAAGACUAAUGGCUACCACUGCGACUGCGCUGCAGGAUUUAAUGGUACAAACUGUGAAAAUAACAUAGAUGAAUGUGCAAGCAAUCCCUGUAUGAAUGGCGGCACCUGUAGGGAUGGCAUCGCUGGAUUCACCUGCGAUUGUCCCAAAGGAUACACGGGGGUAACAUGCAAAGAAGAUGUAAAUGAAUGUGCUAGCAACCCUUGUUUGAAUGGAGGUGCAUGUAGUGACGGCAUCAAUGGCUAUAGUUGCAGAUGUAUUAUUGGCUUUGGUGGAGUCAAUUGUCAAUCUAUAUCCAUUGGAUAAGUUGUUGAUCUAAAUAUCCACUACCAUUCCUUCGAUUUGCAGAUGAAUUGCUUAUAAGAGUAUUAUCAAUGAAUAUGUUUCAUCUGUCAUCUGUCAUGACACUUUUAUCUGUCCCAAAGAGAAUACAAGGUUCAUAUCUUUGGGACAGUCUCUCCCCAAAAAUCCUUGAAGACUGCGUGAUCGCAGUCUACAAUGUAAAUAAAUAUGAUUAAAUCAACAGAUUUUUAAUUUU